GUGCCAAGUGGCCGGGAAUUUAAGAUCUCCCUGGAAAGAGACUCUCAACAGAUCCCAGUCCUGUCAGAGCAGCCCAGGAAGGCCAGGCACAGGGCUUGAGACAGGAAACUGUGACGUGUGUUCUUGGGCAGGGUCUGAGGUUUUGGAACCUCUUUCUAAAAGGGACGGAGAGAGCACCCUGCAGCAUUUGGUGAUCGAGAGGCUGGCGUGUGGGGCUGAACUGGUCAGGAUGCGGCAGGUUCCCAUGGGCAGCAGGCUUCUCCUGGUUCUCUCCUUCAUCCUGGUUUGGGGAUCUUUGGUUCAAGGUUAUCCUGCUCGGAGAGCCAGGUACCAGUGGGUACGCUGCAAUCCCGAUAGCAUCUCUGCAAACUGCGUGGAGGAGAAGGGACCCCUGUUUGACCUAAUGGCAGAUGGACCCCACGACGUUGGCCCUCCAAUGAGCAAUCCUGUUCUGACGAGAGGAUUUCCGGAUAAUUUCUUCCCUAUUUCUGAAGAUGUUUCUGGGUCGGGCUCUGGCUCCGGAUCGGGCUCUGGCUCUGGUUCUGGCUCUGGUUCAGGCUCUGGCUCAGGAAGUGGCUUCCUAGGCGACAUGGAAUGGGAAUACCCGCCAGCAGAUGACAGCGAUGUUUUCUAUUACAACUAUAGGCCUUUAGACAGGAUGCUCCACGAGCCAAACCAAGAGCAACCAGAAGAUUUUAUUAUAUGAAAGUGUUCAUUUCUGUUUCCCCACCUCCACAACAAGGUCUUCUGUACUUGGUGUUCCAUGUUUAAAUGAUCAGUCUUGGGAUAAAGAGCUUUACAGAAAAUUUAAAAUACCUGGAAAAGACUCUUAAAUUCUGUCACCCUUUCCUCCUGAGUUCUUAAGGAGUUAUACUUUAAUGCUGUUAUUGCUUUAGAAAAUAUCUGCAUUUAUAUGUGUAUUGGAUCAACAUUAUGAAAUUAACUCACACCCCCGUUAUUAUGCAACAACUUUUACAAGCCAUGCUGUUUUUGAAAAAUUCAACUUGAAUAGCAAAUUGAUGAACAAUAAUAUUCCAUACCUAAAGUGUUAGGAACGCGACUCACAUUGCGAGUUACAGAAAUACUCCUUUUUAUGAUUUAAAAUAAAAUAAAACGAAAGAGUGACCUC